AUGGAUAUUCCCCAAGACAACUUGAAAUGGUUCGGCGAAGGCUUCGAAGGCUUCCCAAAGAAACUCCCGGAAGACGUCGUAGAGUACAUCAUAUUCAUAAUCGACACAACACUCUCAGAUGUGCAGACCAGAGAGCGGCUCCAGGCCUUCCAGCGGGCACUUACCAGUCUUGAGAAGAAGUUUCUAAAAGAAUAUAUCUGGCAGCGGGACUCUAUCCAUCUCGACCUCGUCCGCGAAGAGGGACGCUGGAUAUUGAAAGGAUCUACAAAUUACGGAGACAGUGUCGCCGACGAGUGGCUGAUCGUGUAUUUCUUACGAGAGUUGAGCCAGGAGUUCAAGGAUGCCUGGAUCAGGAUAUACGACACAGAUGGCGAAUUUCUCCUCAUCGAAGCCGCAAAUGCCUUGCCAAAAUGGCUGAACCCCGAGGUGGCAGAGAACAGGGUCUGGAUAAACAAUCGUCGUCUCCUCGUCAUACCGGCCUCGAAGGGAGAACCCCCACGCCCGCUGAAGCAAACCGAAGCGCUUACCAUCAUCGAGGAUACGCCUGCGCGACCACAGCACUACCCAAAGAUCGAGAAAGAAGCGUUCCACCGGUUGAUCGGAUAUCCUGCCGCUAUAUCUGACAACCAGCAUCAUGCGACCCUCCCACUUCCACGUAAAGUCGCACAUAUAUUACACCUCAAUCCUUCCUACAUCGCCCCGCUUGUAGAAGCGUUUUAUCUCCGUGAUCCUAUCUCGCUUCGUCUCCUGCAGCCAGAUAAGUCGAAGCGCGCACUGGUUUUCCCGCCGGAAGACUUUGUAGACGUUAGCGUACGGUUUACGAAGGUCUUAUACGCGCAAAUGCUCGGUCAGCACUGGGAUCCUCCGGAUGUUUUCGGCACGGCCCUCGAACAUCUCAAGAAAGUCGGCAAGCCAGCGGAGAAAGCCGAGUUCGGAAUCAAGAUGGCAGCGGGAAUGGAAAUGCUUGUCCAACACAAAAUCUACGCGGACAAGAAAGCCGUGCGUGAGAUUGAGCUUCUGCUGGAAGAUCUUAAAACGGGCGACGAUGUGCUACCCACUGAUGCCGAAAUCGCAGCGUGGCCUAAGCGCGAGGACGACGAAGGAUGGCUGAACAUCGACUUUUCUGAGUUCGAACGCGAACUUGCCGGAAAAGGCGGGAAUGAGGGAUUCGGCGAUAAGGCGGCACAAGAGAAUCUGAAGAAGAUGGUUGAGCGCUUCAAUGCUUUCAUAGACGAUGAGGAUGCCGGUAUUGAUGGGGCCAGUGGUCUUGAUCCCAUGGACGUGGACGAUGACUCUGAUGCUGAAAAUCGCGGAUGGGAGGACCCUGAGGACAGCGACGAGGCCAAAGAAGAUCAAGAAGAGGACGAUGACGAGGACGAUGCGGAAGCGGAAACGGAAGCGGACUACGCGGAAUACGAGAAGGCCUAUGAAAAGUAUAUGUCCCUCUCGGCCGCGGAGAAGGCGCUUCUCACCGAUGAAGCCCGCGAGUUGGCCAACGCCGACGAAGCCGAACGAGAAGAGGACGAGGAAAUCCAGAAACUUUCCGAAAUGAUGGAGGCAGAGCUAUUUGGUCACGGCGCUCUAAACCUCGAUCCGGAUCGUAAGCAAAAGGAGCGCGCCAGCGGGUCUAAAGCUAUCACGUCAACGAAAGGCAAAGGGAAGAGUAGGCUCGAGGAGCUACCAGAAGAAGGCAGUGACGAUGAAGAGUUAUUAGACGAAGACUAUAAUCUUGCGGAGAAUAUGCUGAAGAGCUUCAAGGGACAGGUUGGCAUGGCGGGGCCGGCGGGGAACUUGAUGGGCUUGAUGGGUGUGCAGUUCCCUCCUGAUGCCGACGAUGAAACGAAAGGCAAAGGUAAGGGCAAAGCGAAGGCCUGA